AUGAAAACUUUUCUCCUUCUCCUUUGCGUCCUUCUUCAAGCACUCUGCUAAGAUUAUUACUAAUUACUUGGAGUACAGCGAGGUGCAUCUGAUGAUUAAAUCAAAAAGGCAUUCAAAAAGCUCUCUCUCAAAUACCACCCAGACAAGGCCAAAGGUAAUAAGGAGGAAUCUGAAAAACAAUUCUAGAAGAUUGUCAAUGCGUAUGAAAUACUCAAAGACCCAGAAUAGAGAUAAGUAUAUGACAAAUAUGGAGAAGAGGGAUUGAAAGAGCAUACUCAAAGAUAACAACAAAAAUAAGGUCAUUUUAAUUAUAAUGAUGUUUUCUCAAGAUUUUUUGGAGGUGGAUUCUAAUAACAAAAACCAAAUCUUGAAUAGUCCUUAUUUUCUAAAAGUGAUGUUUACGAAGUUGAAAUGACUACUAUAAAUAGAUUCUUUAGAAGAGAUCACGUGUGGAUGAUCUACUUCUAUAAGAACGAUGAUUAUGGAAGGUAACACAAAAACACUUGGAAUGAAUUAGCCUCUAAAUAUUAUGGCAUCUUCUAAGUUGCUGCAAUAAAUUGUGCUGCUGAAAAUGAAAUCUGUGAUGAUGAGUUCCAGGUUUAUGAGUUUCCCAAAAUAUACGCUUACCCUGCCAAUAUCAGAUAAGAACCAGUCGAAUUCAAAUCCAAAGUGGAAAUAGACCAACUAGCCAAAUUUGCCAUCUCCUUCAUGGAAAGCUUCGUAAGCAUAGUAACUAAUGACAACUACGAAAAAUUCAUUCAACAAGAAGAAUAACAUAUAGUCUUGUUAUUCACUAAUAAAACUUCUACUCCUCCUCUCCUUAAAGUUCUAUCCAAAGAAUUAAAAGGGAAACUAGUCUUUGGACAAGUUCGAAAUUCAGAUACUAAAUUGGUUGAGUAAUUUUAAAUCAAGAACUUCCCUACUCUCAUGGUAGUGACUGAGCCAGAAUCAUAUAGAGGAGUCAUUUAUGAGUAAAACGAUUUUAAGAAAGAAUAAAUUAUGAAAUUCUUAAGAGAAUAUGCUUAUAUCAGCAAAAAAGUUAAAAAAACUCAUCAAGGUCCAAGAGAAUUGUCCAACUUAUUGAUAAAAAAUGGGGCUUGUACUACUAAAGACACAAAAAUGUGUUUCAUUAUUAUUACUGAGGACAAAGAUUAUUUAGAUUUAUUGACUCCCUUGUCUUAUCAUUACAUGAAGGACAAAAUCGAUUUCUAUUAUAUUAAUAAGAACAACUUAAUUUAUUCGGAAGUUUUUGAUGAUGUUAGUAGUUUCCCAUCAGCAUUGGUCAUCAAACCUAAAAAAGAAAGAUAUGCUAAACUCUAAGGAGAAUUGACACUUUCAAAUGUUUAAGAUUUUCUUGAUUCAAUAAUUAGUGGAAACGUUUAAUUCAAAUCAAUGAAAGAUAGUCUUGAUCUUAAUAUAUUUAAAGAAGAUUUGUGAUUUUAGUGUUAAUUUGAUUUUAUAUAAUAAA